UUCAGAAGAGAUGCUGUGGUGCUUUCCUUUACCCACCCAAAAUGGAACACAGGAGACUACAUAGCUGAAGAAAUUACAACCUCCCCACAAAUGAGGGACAUUCAAGUCUAAGUAGUUUCCAGCUGAAGGAAAAUAACCAACAGCUUCUCCACAGGGUCGACUGGAACGGGGAAAACAUGAACAUCACUAACUGUACCACAGAAGCCAGUGUGGCUGGGAGAGCCAAGACCAUCACUGAGAAGAUGCUCAUCUCCAUGACUCUGGUCAUCAUCACCACCCUGACCAUGUUGCUAAACCUGGCCGUGAUUCUGGCCAUCUGCACCACCAAGAAGCUCCACCAGCCUGCCAACUACCUGAUCUGUUCUCUGGCCGUGACAGACCUCCUGGUGGCAGUGCUAGUCAUGCCCUUGAGCAUCAUGUACAUUGUCAUGGACAGCUGGAAGCUAGGGUACUUCAUCUGCGAGGUGUGGCUGAGUGUGGACAUGACCUGCUGCACCUGCUCCAUCCUCCAUCUCUGUGUGAUUGCCCUGGACAGGUACUGGGCCAUCACCAAUGCUGUUGAGUAUGCCAGGAAGAGGACCGCCAAGAGGGCAGGACUGAUGAUCCUCACUGUCUGGACAAUCUCCAUCUUCAUCUCCAUGCCCCCUCUGUUCUGGAGGAGCCACCGCCAACUCAGCCCGCCCCCCAGUCAGUGCACCAUCCAGCAUGACCAUGUCAUCUACACCAUUUACUCCACUCUUGGGGCAUUUUAUAUCCCCUUGACUUUGAUACUGAUUCUCUAUUACCGGAUUUACCACGCAGCCAAGAGCCUUUUCCAGAAAAGAGGGUCAAGCCGGCACUUAAGCAACAGAAGCACAGACAGCCAAAAUUCCUUUGCGAGUUGUAAACUUACACAGACUUUCUGUGUGUCUGACUUCUCCACCUCAGACCCGACCACAGAGUUUGAAAAGUUCCACACCUCCAUCAGGAUCCCUCCCUUUGACAAUGAUCUAGAUCACCCGGGAGAGCGCCAGCAGAUCUCUAGUACCAGGGAGCGCAAGGCAGCGCGCAUCCUAGGACUGAUUUUGGGUGCAUUCAUUUUGUCGUGGCUUCCAUUUUUCAUCAAAGAGUUGAUUGUAGGUCUGAGCAUCUAUACCGUGUCUUCUGAAGUGGCCGAUUUUUUCACAUGGCUUGGUUAUGUUAAUUCUCUGAUCAACCCUCUGCUCUACACUAGUUUUAAUGAAGACUUUAAGCUGGCUUUUAAAAAGCUCAUUAGGUGCCGAGAACAUACUUAGAUUGUAAAAAACCAAAAGGCAUGAAUUUGACCAGCCUCCUGAGUGGACGGGGUUAAUUCUUGAACAUUGUUGGUUCAGAGAGUUUGUAAGUAUGUGUGGUCUUGUUUUUUUGUUUGUUCUGUUCUGUUUGAGGCUUGUUAUUUGGUGUGCUGUUUUCUACUUCCGGUCCUGUUUGUGGUACAUAAUUUCAAAUAAACAUUAUCCUACAAAAACA